CUCUCUCCCUCCCCGCCUUGACGUCACCGGGGUUUAAAGCUCCUCGUGCGCGUCUCUCGUCGGUCCCCACUCCUCUUCCUCCUCAUCCUCCUCCUCACGUUCAUCUGAACACCGGCCAAUGCUUCACACCACUCCUGCCCUUGCUGUCUGUCCCACUCGUGGGAAGCACAACAAAAUCAAGGGCUUCACUUGAGAGGGUCGAAGGAGCGAGAAUAAGGGGAAAGUCUUGGCAUUUUCCUUUUUUUUUAAACCUUCCUUUUGGACGCAGGGCUCUGAUUUCACCGAAAAUCUCAACUCAUUUCAUUUUGUCACGGAGCACAAAGGGGAGACAGUGUGGAGCAAUGAACGAGUCGCUGGUGGUGAACGACUCCUCUGCCACUCCAGCGGCCGCAGACACUUUGCCGUGGAUGGAGGUGGACUCUCCAGAGCAUAACGGCAGCCUGGAGUUUUCCACCGCCCCAUUAGACUUUCCCAUCAACCCUUGGGACAUUAUGCUGUGUAUGUCAGGCACUGUCAUUGCCUGUGAAAAUGCCAUAGUGGUAGCUAUUAUCUUCUACACACCAAGUCUGAGGACUCCCAUGUUUGUGCUGAUUGGGAGCCUGGCCACAGCUGACCUGCUGGCUGGCAUGGGAUUAAUCCUGAACUUUGUGUUUCAGUAUGUGAUCUCAUCUGAAACUAUUAGUCUCAUCACCGUCGGCUUCCUCGUGGCCUCCUUCACUGCAUCCAUCAGUAGCCUUUUAGCUAUAACAGUGGACCGCUACUUCUCCCUCUACAACGCCCUGACAUACUUCUCCGAGAAGACGCUGCAGUACGUACAUCUGAUGUUACUCGGGACGUGGGGGGUGUCUAUAUUCCUGGGUUUGCUGCCGGUGCUCGGGUGGAACUGUUUGCAAGAACCGGCGUCCUGCAGCAUCGUCCGCCCUCUGACCCGGAGUAACGUCACGCUGCUGGCCAUCUCCUUCUUCGCCAUCUUUGUCCUCAUGCUGACCCUGUACUUCAAGAUUUGCAAGAUAGUGUGCCACCACGCCCACCAGAUCGCCCUACAGCAGCACUUUUUUGCCACUUCGCAUUACGUCGCCACUAAGAAGGGGGUCUCCACUUUGGCUAUCAUCUUGGGGACGUUUGGCGCCAGCUGGCUUCCUUUCGCCAUCUACUGUCUGGUCGGUGAGAGGCACUACCCCUCAGUGUACACCUACGCUACACUGCUGCCAGCCACCUACAACUCCAUGAUCAACCCCAUCAUCUACGCCUACAGAAACACAGAGAUCCAGCGCUCCAUCUACAUGCUCCUCUGUGGCUGUUUUCAGGCCAACGGGGCUUACCGUUCCAGGUCACCAAGCGAAGUCUAAAGGUGCUAGGGGCUCUCUGUGUGCGUGUUUGUGUGUAUAUGUUUGUAUGUAGCACUGUGACUGGGUAUGUGAGGGUUUAAAAAAAAAAAAAAAAAAAAAGAGCAAAAGACAAACCGUCCUGUGACUAUUGACAAUCUGCUUACAGUUGACAGUGAAUGCUUUACUAACUCAAAGGGGUGUGAUGCUAGGAAUGUGGCUCUCAAGCAUACUGCAUCUGCACUUUACUACGUCUUAAAACAAGCUAGGAUAAGAUGUUGAAAAUGCUGUGAACAAGAACCUUCUGUGAAAAAGACAAAACAAACCUGUGAAUGUACUUUAGAAAUGGAAUGGAGAUUUUUGCACUUUAUUCAAUGUUUUUUUUGACAUGCCAAAGCAGUAUUGUAUAGCCCUCGUGUUGAAUUAAAUGUCUACAUUGUGAGUACGGUGUGUCAUUUUCUAUUUUGUAUUGUACUGUCUUUGAUGUACAUUUUCUACAGUAGGAAUAAAAGGAUAAAUCCCA